GCGAGGAGCGCGCGUGGAUGGCCCGGGCCGGAGCGCGCCCGAGAACGACUCUGGACCUGGCCCUGCGGCUGCUGCUGGUUCUCGAGCUGGGCCGCCAGGUCGCCCUGAGUCCGCUGCCGCCUGGGUCCAGGUCGCUGGGACAGGCCCAAGCCUCCUGCCCGCCCUCCAGCUUCCAGUGUCGCUCCAGCGGCUACUGCGUGCCCCUCACCUGGCGCUGUGACAGUGAUGAGGACUGUCCUGAUGGCAGCGACGAGGAGGCCUGCAGAAUCGAACCGUGUGCCCAGGACGGGCCGUGUCCACCGCCCACCCGCGACCCCUGCUCUUGCGACAACAUCCAGGACUGCCCGGGUGGGGCCGAGCUGCAUCACCUUAACUGCAGUUACCCGCCGUGCCCCGCAGGAGAGCUGCGGUGCCUGCUGGGCGCUGCCUGCAUCCCGCUCACGUGGCUCUGCGACGGCCACCCCGACUGCCCCGACGCCAGCGACGAGCGGAGCUGUGGAAAUCAGACCGAUCAGGAGGGGAUCGGCACGUCCACGGCGACCCCCGAGGCCCUGGAGAGCACCCCCACUGUCAGCAACUCCUCGGCCUCUCCUCCCGGGGACCGGCUCUCAGCCCAGCCACGAAACCCAAGUGCCAGUUGGGGUGUGGCGGUUGGUGCGGUGCUCAUCAUAGGCCUGGCCGUCACCUCCCUGGUGUUUUACUGCCUGGGGGUCCCGAGACGCCCCUCGCGCCUGUGGCUGCUGGUGGACCUGAAGAAUUGCCUGGUGCUGCUGGACCGGAAAAGCUCGCUGCUCUGAACUGAAGCCUCAGACCCUCCCUCACCCGCCCCUCCCCAACCCCCCCCAGGCUGCGAAGGGGACACACGGUCGAUGGUGGCAGGCGGCCACGUGGCUCAUGGCACCCAAGCACCCGCAGGUGUGGCUCUGCAGCUUGGGGUGCCCAGACCCUCAGCUCCCUAAAGCUGACUGUGGGGAAUCUGGCUGGGGAACGUGUCCCGACUGGCGCGGAAGGACUGACCCCUCCUCCCAUGGGGCGACCCUGCACUUUGACAC